AUGGAUACCAUACCACAAUAUUAUCAACCUGAUAACAUGUCUAUGAGCAAAGAACCGUCACAGCUUUCGUCAAAUUUCGUACAACCAGAGUUAUCGCAAUUACAUACCUAUACACCUAUGACCGACACUGGUUACCCUUCGGAUCAAUUUGGAAUGCAAGACUCCGUCCCAGUUUCUGAACCUCCACCUUAUGAUG